AUGGAAGCAAGCAACCAAGCAUCGCCAUUUCUCGGUCAACCCAAAAAAGAAUCUGUCGCUGACUGCAUUGGAGCAACGCCGUUAGUCCGUCUGAACCGCCUCCCUGCAACGCUCGGCAUCAAAGCGCAAGUAUACGCCAAACUCGAAUACCUGAAUGCAGGCGGUUCAGUCAAAGAUCGGAUCGCCAAGCGCAUGGUCGAGAAAGCGGAAAGAGACGGGAAAAUCAAACCGGGAGAUACCUUGAUCGAGGCUUCAAGUGGCAACACUGGAAUUGCUAUUGCUCUAAUGGCGGCCAUCAAAGGCUACAAAUGCAUCAUUACCCUCUCGGAGAAGAUGUCCCUGGAAAAGGAGCGAGUUUUGAAAGCCUUGGGAGCGAGAGUCGUUCGUACACCGGCCGGGGUGCCCAUUGACUCUCCGGACUCCAUCCUCAGCGUGGCACGGCGUCUGCAGCAGGAAACCCCCAACUCCUUCAUCCUGAACCAAUAUACCAAUGCAGAAAAUCCAGCGGCGCACGAGUUUGGGACCGCGGAAGAACUGUGGUAUCAGACUGAAGGACGGGUCAAUAUUGUGAUCAGCGGAGCUGGAACUGGGGGCACUGUUACCGGCACCGCGAGAGGCCUUAAGAAACACAGCAAGAAUGUCCUGAUCGUGGCGGUCGAUCCUCUUGGAUCCAUUCUUGCUCAGCCAGAGGGGCUGAACGAGUUCAAAGCUGAAUACAAGGUGGAAGGAAUCGGAUACGACUUUGUGCCACAGGUGUUGGAUCAAGCAGAGCCCGACCUGUGGAUAAAAACCUCUGAUCGAGAUUCUUUCCGGUAUGCACGCAGCCUUGUGCGAGAGGAAGGGCUUCUUUGUGGAGGAUCCUCGGGGGCGACGGUUGCUGCACUGGUCCAGCUCAUGGAAGCUCACCCCGAACUGAAUGUGGAGGAUAAGCUUGUUGUCGUAAUACUGCCGGACAGUCUUCGUAAUUAUCUCACGACUUUUGCCAACGACGACUGGAUGGAGGAGCAUGGCUAUAAUGAUCUUGAAUAG